UCGGACGGCGGGCGAACUCUUGACCUUGGUGGGUCCACAGUCUCAGCUGGGCCCCGGGGCAGGAAACGCGGUGGGCUCGUGGAACCCGGCUGGGAGAGCGGGGCUGCCCAGCACUGGGCCCCCCAGACAGUCCCUGUCCUCGGAGCACUGCGGGUUGUGCACCUCAAGAAGCAGUGACGUGAGAGGCGGUCCGCAGAGGAGGUGGGGCUCACCAGGAGCUCCCUGAGCGGGCGGUGUCGCCCCGCACCGGCCGCGGAGCCCCGGGGACCCGUCCCUGAGCCCUGCAGCCUGGGCUUCGAGGAGCAGAGGUGUGCUCGGCUGUGCGAGAGGACGGUUUGGACCACAGACCCAAACCAGGAGGAGCAAGUUCUGUUGUCCCGGAAGCCAUGCCAACCCAGACUGAGGCCCGUGCACACCCUCUCCACCCGCACGGUGACCAGGACACACAGAGCCCCAGGAAGGGGUCCGGUCGGCGCCGGGGGCCAGGCCAGGAGUGGGCAGAGCUGGGGGCAGACCCGGCGGUGGACGAGAAGCUGCUCCCGCGGUCGGAUGAGGAGGCCGGGCGGGAAGCCGCGAGGAGAGAGAGCUGGUGGGAGGCCUGGCUGGAAAAGCCAGUCACCUUUGAUGACGUGGCCGUGAAUUUCACGCAGGAAGAGUGGGUGUGUCUAGACGCCGGUCAGAAGGUCCUGUACCAGGACGUCAUGUCUGAGACCUUCAGAAACCUGAUGUCUGUGGAUCUGAUCAUCAAGCUUGAACAAGAAGAAAAGCAGUGGAGAGCAGAGCUCCAGCUCCGACCCCCAAAUGGAGAAGGCCUCCCUUCAGGCGGCAGGAAGAAGACACUUCAGGAGGGGACUUGGAGGCUGUCUGACGACCGGGCGUCCCUUGCCUGCAGAGGGGCAGGCCCAGCCUCUGCGGCCGCGGGGUCCACGCACAGGGCCCCCGCGCAGCCUGCCUCCCCGGCUGGGCCGCCCUUCCUGUGCCAGCCCUGUGGCCGGACCUUCAGCAAGCGCUCCAGCCCGCACAGUCACCAGUCUGUUCACAGUCCCCACACGAUGGACAGCUGCGGCCAGUGUGGCAGGUGCUUCCGAAACUCCAGGGACCUCAGCUUUCACCGGCGCGUGCACCUCGGGGAGAGGCCCUUCUGCUGCCCGCUCUGCGACAAGACCUACCGUGACGCGUCAGGGCUGAGUCGGCACCGCCGUGUGCACCUGGGUUACCGGCCCCACUCCUGCCCCUGCUGUGGGAAGGGCUUCCGGGACCGGUCCGAGCUCAAACGCCACCAGAAGACACACCAAAACCAGGGCCCAGUGGCCCAAGACCAGAAGCACCUGGGGAGGCUUCCAGACCCCAGAGCCGGAUCUCAGGAGCGCGCUGACCAGACCCAGGGGUCCAGCCAGGAGACCCGCGCCCCAGUGGCCAGGACCCGAGAACCCACAACUGGAACCAAGGGUUCCGUGGCCGAGAUGCAGCCACCUGGUGACGGCAAGCAGGUGGUUACUGGGAGACCCUGGGCAGCAGCGGGAACAGCCCUGGGGCCUGGGACCCGCACGCAGACACCCAGCACGAAAACCCCCUGCCUGGACACCAGGCCCAGCUGUCCCCCAGCAAAGCCCUCGAGACUCAAGGUCUUCUCCUGCCCUCACUGCCCUCUGACGUUCGGCAGGAAGGCCCAUCUGUCCAGCCACCGGAAGGCCCACCUCUCAGAGCAGCCCAGCGGCUGCUUCCGCUGUGGCAAGUCUUUCAGCUCACGGUCAGAGCUGGUCAGACACCAGCAGACGCACUGGAGGCAGAAGGUUUACCGUUGCCCCGUGUGUGAUGUCUGCUUCGGGGACAGGGACGGCCUCAUGGGUCACUGGGGGGGCCCCGAGAGCAAGGACCCGUGUCUGGGCGAACUUCAGACGUGCUGGGCCAUCCUGGGCCAAUGGUUGAGGUUCUUUCGUGAUGCCCCGCCUUUGUCAGGGAAGGAGAUGGGUCUGCCCCGGGCAUCCAGGUCCCAGGAGAGGGCGGGGAGAAGGCACCGGAGGGGCGAGAGCAAAUGAGGCCUCGAGGGGCGCGGUCCAUAAACUAAAGAAACGGCCUUUCUGACUGAG